UCCAUAUAAUGUCGGGUACCCUUUUUUUUUUGGUGAUAUUAUCGUUCCCAUGUCUACUCUCAAUAUUCAUUUUUUAUUUGUCUCAAAUAGGAUGCAUUGGGUAUUGUGUGCUAUUGAUCCUUUCAAUAACAUCGUAUACUACUUUGAUUCCUUACACAAUGAAGAGGAAAUAGGCACGGGAAAAGGCGUUAGUGAGGAUUUGCGUGAAAUCAUAGAUGUUGCUCUGUUUCAAUUUCGGAGUGAAAUGGAAAUUGCAACGAAAUUGAAGAUGGAUACUAAAUGGAAGACAAUAAAGUAUUUUGCAGGAUGCCAGUUUUCCCAUUACGAUGAAACUCAACUUGAUGAUGUUAGACUUGAGUGGGUGCGUUACGUGUUUCAACAUAUCUAGUCUAAAAGAGUUGUUAUAAGUAAAUCACUCUUAUUUUCCCAAAGUUGGAGUUUCGAUGCAAAA